AUGUCGACCGACUGGACAAAUGACCCCAAGGCAGCCGAGAAGGCUCUGCAAGAGUCUCUUGAAGACCAGUUUAAAAAGUUCCCGGACCGCUUCCUCAAGGAAGGGAAGUCGGAUGGCAAGAAGACUUUCAAUGGCGACAAGAGCCCAUUCUACGCUAUCCAAGCAUACGUAUGGUGUGGAAUGCUCUACCCCGACAACGAUGCAGAUUUUCGGAAGAAGCUCCCAGAGUCCCGAUUCAAGCCACUGGAGAAGGUCGUCCCCAAGAUCUAUGAGGAUACCAAAGAUGCCCUGGUGUCUGUUUCCGACUCGUGCCACAGGUUCAGCAAGGGGCCCAUGGAACCAGUUUUGAAGAAAUACGCCACAAACGCCAAGACCUCCCUCGGAGCAGAGGACGGCCUCGGCGCGCAGCUGAAAACGCUGACAUCGGACAAAUACAAAGGCAAGGAUAGCAUUGACGAUGAUUUCGAGGCGGCGAAGGAACUAGCGAAGGAAAGGCUGGAGGAGCUCAGACGUGAAGCCAAGGAGAAGGAAACUCAGAGUGAUACGCUGCGGCAGCAGCUUCAGAAUUUCCUCAACGAGACCGAGGCCAACAAAACGCGGGUCACUAGCCUGGAUGAGAAGUAUUUGAGCCCAGUGACCGAUUCUUCGGGGAAGCAAUACAAAAAUGCAAUGGUUUACUUGAACAAGGAAUUGGAAGACCUGCAACAGAAACUUAAGGAUGCCCGGGAGGAGGCGCAAAAGAUUAGCGAUGACUUCAAAGACCGAGGAGACCCUAAAGGUUGGAAGUUCUGGGUCACCGCCUUGGGUGGCCCUGGGGCUGGUCUGGACCUUUACCUGAAGCUGAAAGACUUCAAAGAUGCGUUGGACAAAUGGGCCACCAAGAAUCAGGAGGUAGCAGACGUCCAACAGUGUCAAACUACAGUCACGGCAUUAAAAGCCCAAAUUGAUGAGCUGGUAAUCAGAAUGGCCAAGGCAGUCGAGGGGAUCCGGACGAUCCAGGACACCUUCCGCCACCUGGGAGAAUCCCUGGACCCGGUUAUCAAGGCCAUCGAAAAGAUCGAGAAGGGCACGAGCUCACCAUUGGCGGCUAUACGGAAAUCCAACAUCAACCAUGGUAUUAAAGAGGCUGUCAACAAAUACGACGAGAUUAUCAAGGAAGCCGAAGAAUUUGCGAAAGCAGCUCAGAUCAAGGUCACGGAUGCGUAG